AUGGCAAAGAAACGUUUAGGAGAGAUGGCAAGCAAGCCGGAUCCGGCAGAGAUUAGCGAGGCUGACCGAAAGCUGCUCGAUGAGCUCCGCAAGAGAAUCGGAAGAGAACUCGAGCUGGUGCCCGCUUAUGACGACGACUUUUCGUUGAUGCGAUGGCUCGUCGGAUGGGAUCGCAAGAUUGGUUAGUUCCAAACUCUAUGCUUAUCUCCAAGCAGUGCUCUUCCAGACGUCGUCGUUCCCAAGAUCAAGUUCUCACUCCGCGCCAUUCAUGCUCUAGGAUUAGAUUCAGAAGACCUUUCCACGCUGGAGAAGGUCACUCAAAAGUGCGAUGACUGCAGUGUUCCAUUGAGAUAUUUGCCGGGUUCUCUGAUUGGAUUAGACAAUGAGAGCAAUGUGAUCUCUCUUCAAAUGAUCGGACAUUUGGACGCAGCCGGACUCAUGCCUGCCACGAGAAACUCGGAUUUGUACAGAAUGAGAAUUGCGGAGAGCGAAGGAGUCAUGCAAAUUAUCAGGUGCGUUGCGGUGAGACACACGUCACUCUAGCCUGUGUGGCGGGAGUGACCAACUGUGAAUAGGGCAAUGAAGUCACAAAUAGAGUGUUCUUGCAGAAAACUUGAGAAAGAGCAGGGACGUCCGUUCGGAACGUCUGUCAUAUUUGAUCUGGAUGGACUCUCUAUGGCACAGAUCGACAUGGCUGCUCUCAAAUGUGUUACGACCAUGUUGACGCAAUUACAGGUAGACAAAUACAUGGAAAAGAAGCGAAUUGAAUUUAGAAUGUUUCAGGAGAUGUUCCCAGAUGUCAUCCGCAAGAUCUUUGUUAUCAACACUCCGACUUUCAUCCAAGUGCUUUGGGGAAUGAUCUCGCCGUGCUUGGCCAAACAGACUCAGCAGAAAGUGAAGAUCCUCGGCAACGACUGGAAGCAACAUCUGAAAGAGAACAUCGGAGAGGAGGUUCUGUUCGAGAGAUGGGGAGGAACGAGACAGGCAGAGACCGAGUACGGAGACGUCCGAAUGGGCGGAAAGAUCCCUGUGGAGUUGAGGUGAGCGAAACUGACGUCCGCAGGAUAGUUCACCCGGAUUCGUUUCAGAUAUGAUCCGGUCAACGACCUGCCAGCAGAGAAGCUCACCAAGCUGACCAUAUCGGCUCGUUCGACCUCUUUUGUUCCGAUCACUCUUGAAGGAAAUGUGCCCGGCAGAAAACUAUUCUGGUGGUGGCGCAUUGAAAACAACGACAUCAAUUUCUCAGUGCUUCGCGCAGCGGAAGGACAGGAGAAAGUGGCGGAGCACGAUGACGACUACAUGGUCCAUCCCAAGUUCAACUGCAGACAGAGUUCGUGCCCGAAGACGGCGAAGUAUCAGCAGAAGAGCCAGGAGUUUACAAAUUUGUUUUCGAUAACACGCACAGCAAGCUGAGAUCGAAAACGGUCAAGUAUUUCAUCGAGGUUCGGAAUCAGUGAAUGCGGCGUUCCCCACAGAUGAUCCACUCGUGUUUGUAUUUAUUUAAUUGAAUGUGUCCUUGAAUAGAAUAUUCCCGUUGAGUUUUCGCUUUUUUAAAUAAUAAAUUAUGGCAAAAACUGUGAAAUGUAUAUCGAAAACAGCAAACAAUUUUUGCGGAGGUCAUUUUCCUAUUGUAAGCACUCAAAAUUAUAUGAAGAAAUUUAGAAUAUAUUCAAGCGCCUAUUUUUUAUGAAAACAAAUUAUUCUGCUGAAUUCAGUCGAAUUUGACGUCCACGUGUUCCUUGUCUGACAAGUUGUCUCCAUUCUGCAGAAUUCUGAAUUCUUUCCGACCUUUUGCUUUUCGACCUUUUGUCUUCCGACCUUUUUGGUUUUCCGACCUUUUGUCACGGACUCGAAUUCUCCGACGUCGUCUGCUAAACCGAGAGCAGUACAACACUCCACUAUUUGGCAUUUUUUCAUCAUUCAUUCAUUUUCAACUGCGAAUCCAUCACUUCUCUUCAGGAUAUACGUUCACAAUCAAAAAAUAUUUUAAAAAAAUUUCAGAAUGCCUCUCAAUUGCGAAACAGAAAGAAGCAGAACGUGGCAGGACUUUGGCGAUGGAAUUCCGUGUAUUCUGGGAAUCGAUGAGGCGGGCAGAGGUUUGUUCUCACGCAACAAAGCGACCGACAGACAGUGAAAAAGAUUGCAGGUCCUGUUCUCGGUCCGAUGGUUUAUGCAGCUGCCAUCUCUCCCCUGGAUCAGAAAGAAGAACUGAAGAAGCUCGGAGUGGAUGAUUCGAAAGCAUUGAACGAGGCUAAACGAGAUGAAAUCUUUGAAAAAAUGGAGAAAGACGAGGAAGUACAGCUGAUUGUGGCCUACGCCGUACGUUGUCUGUCUCCCGAACUGAUCAGUUGCUCAAUGUUGAAAAGACACAAGUAUUCUCUGAAUGAAGUGUCCCACGAAGCCGCAAUCACUCUGAUCAAGGAUGCGUUGGCAUUCAAUGUGAACGUUGUUGAGGUUUGACCAAAUUGAAUGAACAGUUGAUAAGCGUGCACUUCCAGAUCAAAGUAGAUACUGUCGGACCGAAAGCGACUUAUCAAGCAAAAUUAGAGAAGCUGUUUCCUGGAAUCUCGAUUACCGUUACUGAGAAGGCUGAUUCUAUUUAUCCGAUUGUGAGUGCAGCCUCCAUUGCUGCCAAAGUGACGCGUGAUUCUCGUCUCCGAAAUUGGCAGUUCAAGGAGAAGAACAUCAAAGUCCCGGAAGCAGGUUACGGAAGUGGAUACCCCGGAGGUUAGCCUAUCCCGCUUUGUUUUUUUUUAUCACACAAACCAUUUUCAGAUCCAAACACGAAAAAGUUUCUGCAGUUAAGCGUCGAGCCAGUGUUCGGCUUCUGCUCUUUAGUCCGUGCUUCCUGGAAAACGGCGAGUGCGAUCGUCGAGAAACGAUGCGUGCCCGAUAGUUGGGAAGACGACGAAGAAGAGGGAAAGCCGCCGAGCAAGAAGAUGAGCGGAUGGCUGCAGCCGAAGAAUUCGAGUGAGGUAGCACCGAAAAGACACACCUACUUCAAGGAUCGAUCCAUGUCGAAUAUCGUCACGUUUUAGUCGCUUUCUAUCCUAUUGUUAACACACUUUAUGUUCCCUUAUUCUUCAACUUCUGCCUUUAACAUUACUUGUAAAUCUUCUGUGGCUCAUUCAGUUGAAACUGGUGUUCGUAUUCUGAUACUCUUUGCAUAUGAAUGAUGAUCUUUCCUACCUAAUCUCUUUUCGCAAAUUCAAGUUUUCCAUCCGUUCCGUUCGGUUCCGAUUUCUCGUUGUGAUAAUUUGAAAUCUAAUCUCAAAAGUUACCGAACAAGUUUUCAGAUGACGAUAAACCUAACAAAAGUUGUGAGCACGCUGUUUCUCAGCUUCAUGUUCUACAACUUUUUCCAACUUUACAAACUGUUCACUCCUGAAUUAUGCACAGACCAGGACCCCGAUUCUAUGUGCUACACGGUUUGAAUGAAAAAGAGAACACGAUGGAAUUCCUUCUCCUUUCAGCCCAUCAUUCGACCGAAUACCGAAGGAUUGUACGAUCUUCUACAGUUGCGAGUCUACUUUUCCACGAAGAAAGAGACUCUCGAACAGUUGAUCACAACUGUCGAGAAUGUGCAAAUGGCCGAUCCAUUCCAGAAAGAUGUACUUUUUUAUGCGUGUUGAUAGUCUUUCAGUUGAUUACUUUCAGUUGCAAGUGAAGAUCCCUCCAUCGGUUGCAAAGGACGGCUACUUAUUCGCCCAUGUCAUCAUUUUACCUCAUAAAUUCGAAGGUCGCAAUCCGAUGCAAGCAGAGUGGAGAGUCCACGUGGCAGCUCCGAUGAUUGUGUUCCAGGAGCCCGUCGCCAAGACAUUUCAGUUGUUAGGGGAUGCAGAGACCGAAAAGAAAGAGCUGAAAAAGAAGAAGGUUGUCGAGUUGGCUGCUCAUUUCCGAAGUGUUCUGCCAAUCAGAAUCGUCUCCGAGCCGAACCGUUAUGUGAAAACGAAAGUGAGCGGAGAGCUGGCGUGAGUUAGACAAGAAGAAAAUUAUUGUGAGAAAAUACGUUUCAGUGAUUUCCUGACAAUUCAAAGACACCAAAGCGAAGAGGGAUACCUCCCGAUCAUGUUCGUCGACGAGAUGAGCAUGCGGAGCAAGCACCUUUUCGAGUUGGCCGACGCGAACAGUGCCGUGAACGUGACCAUCAACUACGAGCCCACGAGCGUCGCCAAACUUCUUCUGCUCACUUCGACCGCCCGGUCGACACAUCAGCUGAUGAGACAUGGGUUCAAGGACAAGGAUAUCGAUGAGAUCCGCGGACUUUUCACCGAGACCUCCAUCGUUUUGCUCAUGAUCACCUUCUUCGUUUCGACUCUCCAUCUUCUGUUCGAUGCUUUGGCAUUCAAAAAUGAUAUAUCUUUCUGGAAGGGACGGAAGUCGAUGGUAGGUCUGUCCACGAAGUGAGUCAUUUUUCUUUCCCUAAUUGGAAUCGCUCUUCUCUUCAGAACUCUUUUCUGGCGGUGCUUCUCCCAAACGGUUAUCUUCCUCUACCUUUUCGACCAGGAGACCAGUCUUCUCGUGCUCAUUCCGGCCGGAAUAGCUACUGUGAUCGAGUACUGGAAGGUCACAAUAGCCUACAAGGUCACGAUUUCCUUCAAAGGAAUCAAGUUCGGAGAGCAUUCGGUCGAAGAGAACGAGACGGAUUCGAUUGACGCACAAGCCAUGAAGUAUCUCUCCGUCCUGCUCGUUCCUCUUGUCAUCGGAGGCGCUGUCUACAGUCUUCUCUAUGUUCCUCACAAAUCAUGGCGCAGUUGGCUUUUGGAGACUUCAGCUAACGGCGUCUACGCAUUCGGAUUUCUAUUUAUGCUUCCACAACUAUUCGUCAACUACAAGAUGAAAAGUGUGGCUCAUCUUCCAUGGAGAGCGUUUAUGUACAAGGUGAGAAAGGCGUCAAGGAAUUCAGUCUCAAUUGGAAAUCUUUCCAGGCCUUCAACACCUUCAUCGAUGAUCUCUUCGCUUUUGUCAUAACGAUGCCAACCGCUCACAGAAUGGCUUGCUUCCGGUAACGAGCCUAUCAGUUAGCCUUUGAAAUGUUCUCAUUUCCAGAGAUGACAUCGUCUUCCUGGUGUACUUGUAUCAAAGAUGGUUGUACCCAGUGGAUUACACGAGAAUCAACGAGUUUGGAGAAGGAGGAGAAGAUGAGAAGAAGAAGAAGAAAGACAAGGAGACAGCAGCUGUAGAGAGCACGUCUGAAACGAAGCGGGACGACGGAGAUGACAGCGGAGCCGUGAAGAGAAGAACCACACGGAAGACGUGA